GACGGCGGCGGUGGCGGUGCCGGGGAGGGGAAGGGGCCGCGGCUGACGGGUUCCGGUGUCGGGCGUAGACGUGUCGGCCGGGGCCGCGGAGUUAGAGGCGCUGCCCCUGCCCGCUCGGAACAGCGGCCGGCCCGGCGGCGCCAUGUCCGGGACCAGCAGCCCCGAAGCCGUGAAGAAGCUGCUGGAAAACAUGCAGGGAGACCUGCGGGGCCUGAGCCUGGAGUGCCGGAAAAAAUUUCCCCCCGUCAAGGAGGCUGCUGAAUCAGGAAUAAUAAAAGUGAAAACAAUAGCUGCGCGGAACACUGAUAUUUUGGCAGCAUUGAAAGAGAACAGCUCAGAGGUAGUUCAGCCUUUUCUAAUGGGUUGUGGAACAAAGGAACCAAAGAUCACUCAGCUGUGUCUAGCAGCCAUACAGAGGCUCAUGUCUCAUGAAGUUGUUUCAGAGGCUGCAGCAGGAAACAUUAUUAAUAUGCUUUGGCAACUGAUGGAAAAUAGUCUUGAAGAACUUAAAUUGCUCCAGACAGUACUUGUACUUUUAACAACCAAUACAGUCGUGCAUGAUGACGCACUGUCCAAGGCAAUUGUACUUUGUUUUCGAUUGCACUUUACAAAAGAUAACAUCACAAAUAACACUGCGGCAGCUACAGUGCGGCAGGUAGUUACUGUUGUAUUUGAGAGAGUGGUUGCUGAAGAUGAACGAUACAAAGAUACUAUUGACCAGCCAGUUGCAGUUCAAGGAAACAGUAACAGAAGAUCUGUCAGUACACUGAAGCCAUGUGCUAAAGAUGCAUAUAUGCUUUUUCAGGAUCUUUGUCAGUUAGUUAAUGCUGAUGCUCCCUACUGGCUCGUGGGUAUGACGGAAAUGACCCGGACAUUUGGCCUUGAACUUCUUGAGUCAGUCCUCAAUGACUUUCCACAAGUGUUUUUACAACAUCAGGAAUUCAGUUUUCUUCUUAAAGAAAGGGUAUGCCCCCUUGUUAUAAAGCUCUUCUCCCCAAAUAUCAAAUUCAGGCAAGGUUCCAGCACGUCAUCUUCCCCAGCACCAGUGGAAAAACCAUACUUCCCCAUCUGUAUGCGUUUGCUGAGGGUAGUUUCUGUUUUGAUUAAGCAGUUUUACCGUUUGCUGGUAACAGAAUGUGAAAUCUUUCUGUCAUUGCUGGUUAAGUUUCUGGAUGCAGACAAACCACAGUGGCUAAGAGCUGUUGCAGUAGAAUCUAUUCACAGGCUUUGUGUGCAGCCUCAGCUUUUAAGGUCCUUUUGUCAAUCGUAUGAUAUGAAGCAACAUUCCACUAAAGUUUUCCGUGAUAUUGUGAAUGCACUGGGGUCCUUCAUCCAAUCACUAUUUCUUGUACCAAGUACGGGGAACGCAUCAGCAACACCAAACCAAACUGGAAGCAAUGCAUCGGGGAAUACUGGCUCAGCACAAACUAACCCAGGAGUGCUUGGAAUGGGAGGAGGUGCAACUGUAUUACCUGCCUUUGAGUACAGAGGCACUUGGAUUCCUAUCCUGAAUGUAACAGUACAAGGCAGUGCUAAAGCUACCUAUUUGGAAAUGCUGGACAAAGUAGAGCCACCUACGAUUCCUGAAGGCUACGCCAUGUCGGUGGCAUUUCACUGUUUACUGGAUCUUGUCCGUGGUAUCACUACCAUGAUCGAAGGAGAGUUGGGAGAGGCAGAAACAGUCAGUCAAACCACAACAGACACAACUUCAUUACCAGCACAGUCUUCAGAGCAGCAAGACUUGCAGUCUGCAUCUGACCAAUCAGAGCAAGAACUAGUUAGCAGAGCUGUCUGGGAAGAAAUGGUGAAUGCUUGUUGGUGUGGUCUUCUGGCUGCUUUAUCCCUCCUACUUGAUGCAAGUACUGAUGAAGCUGCCACUGAAAAUAUUCUAAAAGCAGAAUUGACAAUGGCUGCACUUUGUGGAAGACUGGGUCUUGUAACAUCAAGAGAUGCCUUUAUCACUGCCAUUUGCAAAGGAUCCUUGCCCCCUCACUAUGCCCUUACUGUAUUAAACAGCACAACUGCAGCUCUGUCCAGCAAAUCAUAUUCCAUUCAGGGACAGAAUGUUCAAAUGAUCAGUCCCUCGAGCGAGUCUCAUCAGCAAGUUGUAGCAGUAGGGCAACCCUUAGCUCUUCAGCCACAGGGAACAGUAAUGCUGACUUCAAAAAAUAUCCAGUGUAUGAGGACAUUGCUCAACUUAGCUCAUUGCCAUGGAGCCGUUCUUGGUACAUCAUGGCAACUUGUCCUGGCUACUCUUCAGCAUCUUGUGUGGAUUCUAGGACUGAAGCCUGGUGUUGGAGGUGCUUUAAAACCUGGAAGAGCUGUAGAAGGGCCCAGCACAGUUCUGACUACAGCAGUUAUGACUGAUCUGCCAGUUAUAUCCAACAUACUUUCAAGGCUUUUUGAAAGCUCACAGUACCUUGACGAUGUGUCUUUACAUCACUUAAUAAAUGCCCUUUGCUCCUUGUCUCUGGAAGCGAUGGAUAUGGCCUAUGGAAACAAUAAGGAACCAUCACUUUUUGCUGUUGCUAAAUUACUGGAAACAGGACUAGUCAACAUGCACAGGAUUGAGAUUCUUUGGAGACCUCUAACGGGUCAUCUUCUGGAGGUCUGUCAGCAUCCAAACUCCAGAAUGAGAGAAUGGGGAGCAGAAGCUUUAACGUCUCUCAUUAAAGCAGGACUGACAUUCAGCCAUGAUCCUCCAUUAUCACAAAAUCAGAGACUGCAGUUGCUUUUAUUGAAUCCACUAAAGGAACUGUCAAACAUUAGUCAUCCUGAUAUCAGGAUCAAGCAGUUGGAGUGUGUGCUACAGAUUUUGCAAAGUCAGGGUGACAGCUUAGGACCUGGUUGGCCAUUGGUGCUUGGAGUCAUGGGGGCAAUUCGAAGUGAUCAGGGAGAGUCCUUAAUACGGACUGCAUUCCAGUGUCUUCAGUUGGUUGUGACAGACUUUCUUCCAACAAUGCCAUGUACUUGUCUACAGAUAGUUGUUGAGGUUGCAGGAAGCUUCGGACUUCACAAUCAAGAGCUAAAUAUUAGCUUAACUUCAAUUGGUUUGUUGUGGAAUAUUUCGGAUUAUUUUUUCCAAAGAGGUGAAAUAAUUGAAAAGGAGCUAAACAAAGAAGAAGCAGUGUUGCAGAAACAGGCAGAAGAAAAGGGAGUAAUGCUGAAUAGACCUUUUCAUCCUGCACCACCAUUUGACUGUCUUUGGUUAUGUCUGUAUGCCAAACUUGGAGAACUGUGCGUGGAUCCCCGACCUGCAGUUAGAAAGAGUGCUGGGCAGACAUUGUUUUCUACUAUUGGUGCUCAUGGAACUUUAUUGCAACAUUCAACAUGGCACACAGUAAUAUGGAAGGUUUUAUUUCACCUGUUGGAUAGGGUUCGAGAAUCUUCUACCACGGCUGACAAAGAGAAGAUUGAAUCAGGAGGAGGCAACAUUCUCAUCCAUCAUUCAAGGGAUACAGCUGAGAAACAGUGGGCUGAGACAUGGGUAUUAACACUGGCUGGAGUUGCAAGAAUAUUUAACACCAGGAGAUACUUACUGCAGCCUUUAGGAGACUUUUCCCAAGCCUGGGAUGUUCUUCUUGAUCACAUCCAAUCAGCAGCACUCAGCAAAAAUAAUGAAGUUUCCUUGGCUGCUCUGAAAAGCUUCCAGGAGAUCUUACAGAUUGUUUCUCCUGUGCGAGACUCAGAGAAGCCUGACACACCACCUGCUAUCAAUGUUUCUGUACCUGUGGUGGUAGGGACAACAACUGCCACCAGUCUUGGCAGAUCGUUCAUGAGAACUGACUCCAUAGGAGAAAGAAUAGGAAGAUACAGUGGAUCUGAACCACCUGUAAUAACAGAUGAGAUUGAAGAUUUGAAUCUUUGGUGGGCAGCCUGGAACAGCUGGUAUAGGAUUGGUUCAGAAAGUACAAGGCCUCCAAUUACUUGUGAUAAAUUGACUUUCAUUCCCAGCCAGCCUUUUCUUACAGCUUUAAUUCAAAUAUUCCCGGCUCUUUACCAACACAUCAAAACUGGUUUCAGCAUGGAUGAUCUCCACAAGCUGGGUGUCAUUUUGCACAGUGCUGUUUCAGUUCCAAUCAGUUCUGAUGCUUCCCCUUUCAUCCUUCCAUCUUACACUGAAGCAGUUUUGACAAGUUUACAGGAAGCAGUUCUUACAGCUUUAGAUGUUUUACAGAAGGCUAUAUGUGUGGGCUCAGAAAGUAUGCAGAUAAUGUAUCCUGCAAUCUUCGACCAACUGUUGGCCUUUGUAGAAUUUUCCUGCAAGCCUCCGCAGUAUGGACAGCUGGAAACAAAGCACAUUGCAAAUGCAAAGUAUAAUCAGAUACAACUAUUUGCACCGGCGGAAUGGGUAGCAUUGAAUUAUGUGCCGUUUGCUGAGAGAUCAUUGGAAGUUGUUGUGGACUUAUACCAAAAGACAGCUUGCCAUAAAGCUGUGGUAACAGAGAAAGUUCUUCAGAACAUUAUCAAGACAUUAAGAAUACCUCUUAGUCUGAAAUAUUCCUGUCCUUCUGAAAGCACAUGGAAGCUAGCUGUUUCCUCUCUUCUCAAAGUUCUCUCUAUUGGACUACCUGUUGCGAGGCAGCAUGCAUCUUCUGGAAAAUUUGACAGUAUGUGGCCGGAGCUAGCAAAUACUUUUGAAGACUUUUUAUUCACCAAAAGUACACCUCCUGAUAAUCUCUCAAUUCAAGAAUUUCAGAAGAAUGAGAGUAUUGAUGUUGAGGUGGUGCAGCUUAUCAGCACAGAGAUACUGCCAUAUGCUAAUUUUAUUCCUAAGGAAUUUGUUGGUCAAAUAAUGACUAUGCUCAAUAAAGGCUCAAUACAUUCUCAGUCAUCCUCCUUUACAGAAGCCGAAAUAGAUAUUCGAAUGAGAGAGGAGUUUUCUAAGGUGUGUUUUGAAACACUGCUCCAGUUUUCAUUCAGUAAUAAAGUCACAACUCCUCAGGAAGGCUACAUCUCUAGAAUGGCGCUUUCUGUGCUCUUGAAAAGGUCACAGGAUGUAUUGCAUCGCUACAUAGAAGAUGAGAGAUUGAGUGGCAAAUGUCCUCUUCCACGGCAACAAGUAACAGAAAUCAUAUUUGUUUUAAAAGCCGUCAGUACUCUCAUAGAUUCACUUAAGAAAACUCAACCUGAAAAUGUUGAUGCAAACACAUGGGCGCAAGUUAUUGCCUUGUACCCGACUUUAGUAGAAUGUAUCACCUGCUCAUCCUCGGAAGUGUGCUCUGCUCUGAAAGAGGCUCUCGUUCCCUUUAAGGACUUCAUGCAUCCACCAGCAUCCAAGUUAGGUAUCAAACACCUGAUCUCUACUCACACCAUUUUAAAAGAUUUCAACUAACAAUUUUUGUUACUGAAGACCCCGAUCUUCAAACUGGAAUCAUAACUGCUGCUGUGUACAGAAUACCUGCCUUAGAUUUGGCAUGAGUCUCCACGACCAGUUGUAUUUCUGAAGUUGACAGCUUCAAGACUGCAGAGGCCGAUAAGGAUAAAAGACUGUUGAAAACUUGAAACAUGACAUCACCUGGUCUGUUGUUUUCAAUGUUAACUAUUUCUUACUUGGAACUGCUGAAGUUGCCAAGGAAUUGCUGAUUUUUCUGGCUUCCUUGCCAGAAGACUCACACUUCUUUUCCCACAUCACAUCACAUCACAGACUAAUGCCUGGUCAUGAGGGGAGGGACUAAGAGGCUCCAUAGCAAAAUGGCAGCCAAAACUGAAUUGCUACCAACAGAGGACCUUUAAAAAGCAGGGACAGCAGUCUGGUUUUGAUCGACCGCUCUUAUAAGAAAACAUGGAAGGGGACAGGAAUAUUAUGUGCAUAGUACUGCUGGCAUGUAUGUGUACAGAAAACUGGUUUCUGGAGUACAUCGCAACUAUUACUUGCUGAUCCUCUUACUGAACAUCUGUUCAUGCCUCAGGGCUUGGCGUUGUAGCAUAAUACGGUGCUACCUUACCACUAAAAUGAGCCCCAGAGUCUGCACAUAGUACUGCCCUAGAACAAAUGAGGAAAGAUAAACAUUUAUUUUAGAAAAGACUGAUUUCAUUUAAAUAUUUUUCUCUUAAAAUAUGAAAUCAGUAACCUCUGUUAUAGCUGUAUGCACCAUAUAAUCUCUUAAAAUUUUAAGCGGUUAUGUGUUGCCAAAGUCUUAAAGAGAAUGCACUGAACUGAUGAAUGGAGUAGCACAAACCCUUCCUCUUUAUAGAGUAAGAAUCAGGAAGCAGGUUUUUGAAGUGCUAGACCACAGUCUGAUAGCAGUAGCUGCUUCUUGCAGUCCAAUUUCACUUUAACCAGCUCAAUUCAAACAACUAGUUCAAACUUGGAAAUGGAUGAGGGAUUGAAAAAGCUUGGGUUUUUUUUUCCCCUUCCAAACAUAGGAUAGAUCUGUGAAGGUGAAAUCUGCUGUAUCUAAAAGCUGAAGGCAGUGCCAGCCAGAAACAAUCAGUUCUAUCCUCUUUGUUAACAAAAUGUAUUUCAUGAAUGUAUCCAACACAUUUAAAAGAGUUCAAUCUAAGAAUUUUGAAUGUUGUUUUUCAUAUUAUUCUACUUUGCAUCCAAAUAGAUCUCUAUGGAAAUUAAUGAAGUGUUAAAUAAUCAAGAAAAAAUGUACUCAACUAUUUUCUGAUAUAAUAAAAUGUAGCAUCUAAUAAGAUACAGAAUUGUUAAUUAGGUAAAAUGUAUUUCCUGGUUAUAAAAGGUUGUCAAUCUUAGUGCAAUGACUAUAUUUAAUUGCAAACAAACAUUUAAAUAAUUGCUAAUGAGGUAAUAAAAAUAAUCUUUUAGGAGAGAUAAAUACAGAUGCAAGAUAAGGUUUAAAACAUACUUCCCUGCUUAUUAAAAUCAUUACUAAAUACAAGUCACUUUUGACAGAAAUCAUUCCUCGUGUAAUCAGACUCAUGAGAGGCAGUAUGGAGUAUUUCCUUUGAGAGGUGCAAGUUGGAUUCCUCUUCUGAGAUUUAGGUAACUAAAGUUUUGAGGUCUAGCCCAAGAUUAAGUAGCCUGGCUUUCAUUUGUGGCCAGGGAAGACAAAUAGGUAGGCCUAGCAGGAGAUCCAUUGCAUCCUAAAAGAGGUCACUUAAGUUGCUGUGGGUUAGUGCCAGUUCUCGCUACGGGAGCAUAGGACAACUACUUUAGUUUAGGCAUCUGAUGCUUUGUGGGUUUUUUCAGUUUAGUUUAGACAUCUCAAAAAGGGGAAGAUGAAUCUGCCAGUGGCUCAGCCAGCCACAGGAAAUACAACUGACUUUUUGCUACUGCAAUGUGCUCAUGAUGCUGUAGGGGUUUUUUUGAGCUCCCCUAAGCAUUUUCUUUGGGGGGGGUGGGGGUGGUGUUUGCUUUUUGGGUUUUUUUACAUGUUCUUUGCAGGGGCCUGCUAUGAAGCUUGGCUGUUUUUUCCCCCUUGUUGAGAUCGUAUUCAAGUAUUUAUUUAGUGUAUCGUAGCUCUGCAAGGGACAACAUGCUAUGACUUCCUUGUAGUCAUAGCAUUAAUCUAAAUACUUAGAUGAAGACUCGAGCUCAGCAGUUACUGUUAGUGUAGAAAAUAGAGCUCCUUUUGAACUUUAAAGUCUCCUUGCUGCUGAUCUGUCUUGGUUUUCCAUAGGUUCCCCAAUUUGGACGAGUACAUGACAUUGUUGUCUUCACCAACCAAGUAAACUGAACUCAACAUUUCCAGUCCUGCUACACUUUUAUACACUCCUUCGCAGAGAAUUUUUCUGGUUUUUCUUCAUACAACAUCUAACUGCUGCUUUCUACCCAAUUGUUUCAGGUCAGCAAGGUUACAGUUGCUU